GUGGAGGGGAGAAGAGGGGCCUGCCUGUCUCGAAGGGGAGGGUAAACGAGCCAAACCCUGAACUGCUCUGUUCUAGCACACUCCGAUCACCGGAGCAAAGCAGAGAUGUCACAUGACGUGCCGGCUCUGCUCUGUGAUGUCACAAACGGCGCGUGGGGCGGGGCGGGAAAGCCGGUUCCGGGGCGGCCGCUCGGCUGCCGCCUCUUAAAUCUGGAAAGCGCCGGCCGAGCUCCGAGACAAAAUGGUCACCAUGUACUUGAGGGCGCUGCGGAUGGGCUGUCAUGUGGCGAACUUGAAUCAGCGGGCGAGUGGAAGGAGUUUUUUGACCGUCUGUGCUACUCCCAUCCAACACAAAACUGAAGAAAAUCAAGGUUCAUUGAAUACCACAAAGCCUACUAAGAGCCCUGCUGAAAAUAUGGUGCAAGAUAAGAUGAAUUCUAGUCCCUGUGCCACUCAAAAAAUGCAAGUGCUGCAACUUAAAAUGAAUGAGUUGGAUCGAGAAUAUCGAACCCUGCAGGAUAACUACAGAAGGGUUUUAGCCCAUGCUGAAGACACCAAUAGAAGAGUUCGAAAAUCCGUAGAAGAUGCCAGGAUGUAUGGUAUCCAUAGUUUUUGCAAAGAUAUCCUGGCAGUUGCUGAUUUACUGGAAGAGACCACACAGAAUGUAACCGAGAUGGAGCUUGAAAGUUCUAAUCCAACAGUUAAGAACCUCUACGAAGGAUUAUGCUUGAUAAAUGAGAAACUAUGCAAAGUAUUUGCCAAGCAUGGGAUGGAGAAAAUGAGCUCUCUUGGCUGCAAGUACAACUCAGCAGAACAUGACAUUGUUUCACGUGUUCCAUCUGUGGAAGCUUUACCUGGCACUGUGGUAAAGAUCGUGCAAGAAGGUUAUAAACUUCAUGGCAGAAUCCUGAGGACUGCACAGGUUGGACUGGCUAUUGAGAUUCAGCCACAUUUAAGAAAAGGCAAAAGUAGAUCUUGACAAAUGCACGAUGGUCACAGUGUGGUCUGAUUGUAAGAAUCGUAAUUUAUGAAAAGCGUUGAGUUUUUUGACAUCCUGUACUUAUUAUGGUUAGCUAUAUAGUAAUUUAAGCUUUAAAACGGUUAAGAUUUGACUUUGUUGCAAGGAGAGAAACGGACAUUUUACAAGAUAGUAAGUGCUUUACAUGAAAGUGGCUAGUUCAGUUUCAUGCAUGAAAGGAAGUCAAAUCGAAAUGAUUUCCAGAUAUACUUAAAUAUAAAGGCCUUCCUGAAAUGGAAGCUCUUUCCCUGUCAUUGCCAAAAACCUGUCAACUGUGUCCAUUCAGAUGUGGUAAGUGGUUGAUGGGAAUAGAGAAGGAUGCUUCCUAGGGAGUUAAGUCAGCAGCCAAGCCCUACAGAUUUGUGGAUUGUGCUUACUUGGUUGAAGUCAUUGUGUAGUUGGUAAAAUUUGCCUUGGUUUUUCUUAAAUUCUUUCCUCACUUCAUAUUAGUGCCCAGUAACAAAACUGAUGGUGCCCUUGUGGGGAAAAAUAACAGUUCCAUUUGGUUGCACUGAAGCAUCAGUGGAUAAUUGUUUGAGUACGGUAAAAGAAGAAAUCUAUUGAACUGCAUCCCACUGAGAUCAAGGAAAUGUAUAAAGUAAAAAUGGAAAGGGUACGGGGUGAAUUUUUAACAUGGAUUACAUGAUAAAUUUAUUUGAAGUUCUUGUGGAAUUGCAAUUUGGUAUUAAAAUGCCACUGGAGGGAACUACCAGAGGAAAUAUAUAGAAUCUACAUAUCUAUAAAGGAGAGAGCCACAAGAUUUUGCUUAUUUUUCUUUGGCGAGUUUAAUAAGACUACUGUUAAAUCUAGUCCACUUCCUGUGCUAUUAAUGUAAGUUUGUUCAAAAGUUGGUUAAACUAGCCCUUUGUAUCACAUCCCAUCACUUAUUUUGGAAGUGUGGGCUUGGGUAGUUCUUGAGUAUUUCACUUGAAUUUUGACAUUCAAUUUUGCGUGGGCCUACAUUGCACUUAUUUGUAAAGUUGCCUUUUUUUCUGCCUGAUUUGUGGACAGAAUAGUAUGUUAUUUAUUACAGUAAUGUUAAACUGUAAAUAUAUUUAACAUACCAUGACAUGCAAGAUUUUAUUUUUUUGUAAUCAAGUAGCAUAGGUAUGCCAAUGGAAAUGGUAAUAUAUUUAUAUAAUAUUUGGAUUAUUUUGUCACUGUUAUGUGGGCUGAAACCUAUUGUGUGCCAGAAGUUUCUAUUGAGCCAAUAUGUGAGUUUUAUUGUAUGCAAAUUGAAAACAACUUAAAACUUAAAAAAAACAUUGUUGACCAGUAAACAUUCCUUUGUAAUUAAAG